AUGGCGACGGGUUUUCACGAAGCUCCAAUGGCUACGAGCUGCCCGAGAUGCUACGCUAGUGUGGUUACGGGGACAAGCUAUGUCUCUGGAACCUUGACAUGGCUAGCCUGCUUCGGAUUGUGCGUAAUUGGGUAAGCAUUGCCUUAUAAUUAAUCUUCUUGUCACAACGCUUACAUCGACUGACUUUAUUAACAUACUUGAAAUGAUGCUGUCGUUGCAGGUAUUUUAACGCUGCCCUAAGUUUACAAGCCUUAAAUAAGUCCAUUUUUCAAGAGGGAAACUGUUGUUUUUAUCUUAUUUCCGCCCCUAAAUAGAGUACUAAAGUCAUGACGUCAUAAAAAUGAAAUUUCUGAAAUUAUGGCAUUUGUCAGGAUAUUCUGAAAGAACAACGUCCAAGAGGCCUACUUACCAAAAAUGAGCAUUUCGGGGCAAAUUGUCUCUGAGAUGUUAGCCGGUUAUACUCAGAAAACUCCAUACAAACCCUUCUAAUUUUUGGGGGGGUCGACCCCCAAAAAAUUUACAGGGUUUGUAUGGAGUUUUCUAAGCAUAACUGGGCUACGAUCUCAGAGACAAUUUGCCCCGAAAUGCUCAUUUUUGGCGAGUAGGACUCUUGGACGUUGUUUUUUCAGAAUAUCCUGACAAAUCCCAUAAUUUCAGACAUUUCAUUUUUAUAACGUCACACUUUAGUAUUCUAUUUGCGGUAGCACGUGUGAUUGUAUUAAAAGCGCGAGCACUAAGAAACUUUCAGUCAAACUCUGUUAAAGGUCGUCAGAGGCCGCCCAAAAUUGAGAAAGAAAAAUCAGAUCGGAUAAAGACGACUACCCUUUUACUGCGCUUUUCACAAACAUGCGAACUCUAAAGUUCAAAAGCCGCCUCACAAUUGCGUUUUUCGCUGCCGUCAAUCAUAAUUACGAUCACAAGCAACGAACCUUGAAACACAGAAACACACAAAAUGGAUCGAAAUCCACAAAUCACAAAUCACAAACCUUGACCCUUUGAACCCGUUAAAGUAAAGUUUUGUUUCCUAAGGGGUCCGUUAAGAUGAUUGACGGCAGCGAAAAACGCAAUCGUCAGUUGGCUUUUGAACUUCAGAAUUCGCAUGUUUGUGAAAAGCGCAGUAAAAAUUUUUCUUAACCGACUGGCUCAAUUAUUUCAAGUUCUUAUUGCUGGUUUUCAGUGUCACGCAAUUCAAAAUAGAUCAAAAAUAAAAAUCAAAACCGUUCAAAAGAUUAAGUCCAGAACCUGGGAAAUGAAAGGAGGUACAUAUACAAACCCUCGUCGAUAUUCAGGUCAGAGGAAUAUUUCGUAUACGAGAUAUCUGAAAAAAUGUUUUACCCAAACUUAUAGAGAUUUGUAUGGAGACACUAUGCUGGUGCUCACCUGGAUGAGCUCCAACAUGGCGCACGGAAACCAACAGAAACAUCUGUUAACGAGUUUUGCUACAAAAGCGUGAAUUUAUUCUUCGAGAAACUCAUAAACAUUUAAGUAAUACUUUUUCUAAUACACGAGCUGUUUAGAUAGGAAAAUGUCCUGAAAUAAGUCAUUUUUUAACCUACAUGACAGCUCUCUUGGCCGUCAUGUAAAUGCCGCGUCACGUAAAGGCUUAGAAAUUCAAGCGUACUCUAUCACAAAACCAAGAACCCCUUUGAAGCGAAACUUUGUAUGAAAAUUAGUUUUCAGCUGCUCUAAUGCAUCGUGAAAGUAAAAUCUCGUUAGGAUCGAUAGUUUUUUAGUUUGAAUUUUAGUGACGUCAUGUGAAAACCAACAAUAAUCGAGUUCUUUCCUUUAAAAUUUUUUAUUUGGUUUCACCCUCGCUUUUAUAUACGUAAAAACAUAACGUCGGCAAAAACAAUGACGAUAAUUAUCGUUGGACCUUAUAAAAAUUCUAAACCAAACUGUUUUCACUUUGCAUCAAAUAAUACUUUUAUGUUGCAUUUUUUCUUAAUACUGUGAAGUUUAUGAAAAAGGAUUGACAAUUUUUGGUAGAAAAUAAGCACUUUAUAUGUUUUGUCUCUCACUAUAUGAGAAGAAGUUGAGUUUGAGGCAGCAUGAUUUAGCGUUUUUAACUCACGCGAGCGAAUAACACUUGAGGCUGUCCUGAUGCUUUGUCAGGCCCGCAUGAAUGUCUGUAGAACAUCCAGCAGCCUGUGUAGACUAAACGUGCAACAUUGCACUUUAAUUAAAGCUCAUAAACAGGAAAAUCUAGGAUAAUACUUGCUACUGAAUUUUUAAAAGGCUUAUCGCCUUCGCACAACAAAAACAUCACAUCGGUAUUACUCCAAAACCUUUUUAAUAUGCAUAUAUAUUUUUGCAUAAUUCCCCUCUUGUCAUAGACUAUUGAUACGUGACAAGGAAAAAGAUGAACUCUGAACAUCUGAAGUCUUGUGAAUUAUUUUACAAAUCAGCAAACUUAUACAGUGAAAGCUGAAAAAAGUGGAACUUAAAUAAAGAGAGAGAUUUUGUUUAGAUGACACACGGAAAUCCAUAAGUCCCGAUUUUUGGUCCCACAAUAUCUAUGAAAAUGGAUCUCUAUUUUCGCUUCACUAAAUAUGGUUUCACUUGUAUAUCAUGAUGGAAAUUAUCAAUGUAUAUGAGUGAUAAACUUAACGAGUGUUGAUCCUUUGAUAGAUCUUUUAAAGAAACUGAUUCUGAAUCAAUGGCCCGACCUGAGAUGUUACCCCUCCAAAAACCAGAACUAAAAACCAUGAAUUCUUCUUUUGUAAAUAAAUGAAUAAAGUAAUGAGAAAUAAAUCGACUGUUUACGUAUGCUCGGUCAAAAUACCAUAUCAUUUCUGACAGUCAAAGUUCUACCCUCUGAUAUUCGGCAGUCUCCCGUAAGCGACGACCAAAUGAGGAAAUUUUGGCUGGUCGUUCACCGUGUGGAAAGCUUGGGGUUCAACCUUAAUUUCAUAAGACAAUUGGUUAGAGCGCUGCACCGGUAUCGCAGAGGUCAGGGUUCCGGAUUCCCGGCAAGCUUGAAUUUUUUCAGAAAUUGUUUGGCAACUGCAUAAGUUGCGUUUUUAACUGCGAUGAUCUCCUUUACAUUUAAUACUCUCCCUCGGUUCCAAUAUUUGAAAUUCAUAUAUUAUUAUUUCAAGGCAGUUUUUGUCCUUUUAUAGAUGUGACGCUGGAUGUUGCCUCAUUCCAUUCUGUCUUGACUCCAUGAAAGAUGUCAUUCAUGUCUGCCCAGCUUGUGGCACUCAAAUUGGAGUGUAUCGCCGAAUGUGA